AUGUUAAUGGAGCACCAUAUGACCCCCAGCGUGGGAAGUGAUUUCCUAGGUGUUCUCAGUGCCCAAAUGCGGCUGCUAACCGCCGAUAAAUGGCAAAUUUGUGCUCCGGAACUGGGAAAAGUCAAGCUGUGCGAAAUAAAGGCGAUUGAUCGAACACACAACAUGAUCAACCUUGCAGCCUUUUUAAAUACCACCAUCUCAGAGGUUGAGAUCCAUUUCAAAAUAGUUAAGCGCGAGAAUGGCGGUUGGCAUCCAUUUUUUUACGACAUGCGAGUGGACGUUUGCCAAUUCUUUAGGAAUCAAAAGAAGUUCUUCAUUCCCAAUUUAAUAUAUUCGUUUAUAAAGCCUUUCACAAAUGUCAACCACACCUGCCCGUACGAGGCUGGCACAGAGAUGCGACUUUGGAAUUGGACUCCUGAUGAAAAUGCUAUUAUAGCCAAAUUUCCCGUAGACCACGGCCAAUAUGGCCUACAUACAACUUGGUAUGUCAAAAAAGAGGCGGCAUUGAAAGUAAAUGGAUCUGUACUAUUUUUUAGGUAA